UUGACAAGGCAGCAGCUUCCAAGUGUAAAAAGCCAAGAUGAAGCCAAGUUUCAUAGCUGCCUUCUUUCUGUUGAGCUGGAGCUGUUGUUCAGCUUUCCCUCUCCCUGAUGAUGAUGAUGAUGAUGAUGACCUAUCACAGGAGGACUUCCAGUUUGCAGAGAACUAUCUGAAGACAUACUACAAUCUUUAUUCUAACCCUGCUGGUAUACUAAUGAAGAAAGCCUCGAGAACUGCAACAGAAAAACUUAAAGAAAUGCAGUCGUUCUUUGGCUUGGAAGUGACUGGCAAACUGGAUGAUAACACUUUAGAUGUGAUGAAAAAGCCAAGAUGUGGAGUCCCUGAUGUGGGAGAAUAUAACUUUUUCCCUCGAAAUAUCAAGUGGCCUAGGUUUGAUUUAACCUACAGAAUCCUGAAUUAUACUCCAGACCUGACCCAAGCAGAAGUGGACAAGGCAAUAAGAAAAGCACUGAAGGUCUGGUCUGAUGUGACACCUCUCAACUUUACCAGGCUCCACAAUGGCACUGCUGAUAUCAUGAUCUCCUUUGGAACAAAAGAGCAUGGAGACUUCUAUCCUUUCGAUGGACCUUCUGGACUUCUGGCUCAUGCUUUUCCUCCAGGGCCCAAUUAUGGAGGGGAUGCUCAUUUUGAUGAUGAUGAGAUGUGGACUAAUAGUGCCAAAGGAUAUAACUUGUUUCUUGUUGCUGCCCAUGAAUUUGGCCACUCCUUGGGCCUGGACCAUUCCAAAGAUCCUGGUGCACUUAUGUUUCCCAUCUAUACCUACACUGGCAAAAGUGGCUUUGUGCUUCCUGAUGAUGAUGUACAAGGCAUCCAAACUCUUUAUGGCCCUGGUGAUGAAGACCCUGACCCUAAACAUCCCAAAACACCAGACAAAUGUGAUCCUGCCUUAUCAGUGGACGCCAUCACUAGCCUUCGAGGCGAAACAAUAAUCUUUAAAGAUAGAUUCUUCUGGCGUCUGCAUCCUCAGAUGAUUGAACCAGAUCUGUUUUUAACCAAAUCAUUUUGGCCAGAACUUCCAAACAGUAUUGAUGCUGCAUAUGAGAACCCUGCUCAUGAUCUGAUAUUCAUCUUUAGAGGCAGAAAGUUUUGGGCCCUGAAUGGCUAUGACAUACUGCAGGAGUACCCCAAGAAAAUUUCUGAACUGGGGUUCCCAAGAGAGGUGAAAAGGAUAGAUGGUGCAGUUCACAUUGAAGCUACAGGGGAGACUCUCUUCUUCACUGGAGAUCAUUUCUGGAGCUAUGAUGAAACUAACAACACAAUGAACAAAGGCUAUCCUAAACUACUUCAGGAAGAAUUCCCAGGAAUUGGUAACAGAGUAGAUGCUGUUUAUGAAAAAAAUGGUUAUAUAUAUUUCUUUAAUGGAGUCUUACAGUUCGAGUACAGCAUCUGGAGUCAACGCAUUGUUAGAGUCAUGCCAACCAAUUCUCUCUUAUGGUGUUGAAUGUGGCCAUGUGGUUUUAUAUCAUUAUUCAGAUUUUCACCCAUGAAGAAAUGUGACUAUGUGUUUUGGGGCCUACCAGGAAAGAGCCUCAUUCUGUCAGCUAAUUUCCUAUGAACUUUAUUACUGAAAAUGCACUGUACACAUGGGGAAGUGGUAAAAUUUUAUGUCAGGCUGGAACUGCAUUGUACUUAUUUAAACCAAUGUAAUUCUGUAUCUCCGUGGUCUACCAGAUGUGUUAAGUAUGACAAACAGAAGCUCUUUGGAGAAAGGUUAACCUCGAGGGGUGGAAUGUCUGGAAUGAAUAGAUCCUAGUCAAUUUCCCAAAGGCCGGAACAAACAAUUUGGUGUUUUAUAAAGAAUAUUCUUAUUUCUAAGUCUGUCUCCCAAAAGUUACUGGGAGACUUAAGCAAGUUCCAAAGAAAGGCAACGGGGUAGUCUAAUGGUUAGGACUAAGAUAAUUGAAAGUCAAGAGUCCUGGCUCCUGUCUCAUUUCAGCCAUGCCAGUGACUCAAAAGAUGAAUUUCAGUAAGGUAAAUUCUAUCUUCUGUGAAAAAAGCGUCCCUGAGCUAUCUGUAUUUUUGGUAAGAUAUAUUAGAUCUUUUUAUUUUAUUUUAAAUGUUUUACUGAUGCUUUUUUAUAUAAUAGUUAUUUCCCAAUAAUGCUCCUAGUAACUGAGAGAAGUCUCUCUUAUGACAAAGAAAAACAGCUAAACAAAACCAAACAACACAGUGAUUGCACCUGUCAUUGUAUGCAGCAUUCCAUGCCUCUCUACUGAGGGGGGGAAGUAUGUUUCAUUAUUGAUCUUCUAGAUACAAGAUGGAUCAAUGCAUAAGAAUUUUCUCAGAUUUCUUUAGAUUCACAAUGUAGAAUAAUGACUCAAUGGUCAUUAUCUCAAUAAUUGAAGCCAGAAAAAAAGGGGAAAAAUCGCUAUCUUUUAUCAUCUAGAUAUUUUAAGCAAAAUUAGUUAUAGUUUGGUGUAUUUAAAAUUGGUCAUUGCCUCAAUUGUCUACUGCAUCAGGAAUGUAGGGACACAGUUUUUAUUUAGACCUUUUACUUCGUAAUAAAAGUUACUUUGUGAUAAAAGUUUUUUUAUAGAUUGAAAAUGAUAACCAGAGAUAUCCAAUAUAAUGAUAAAAAUUAUGAUAAUCCAGGAAAGGUUCAUAAAGCUAGAAAAUCUUGUGGCUUAAAAAAACUGGAUAAAGAACAAGAAAUAGCAUAAAAUUUCUAAAUGUAUUUGAUAAAGUUCACAAUAAAAUUGUUUUAACUCUAAA